CCGAGCGAAGAUCUGUACCUAAAGCCGUACAACAAGGAGACCGGCCAUCAUUAUAGCUCGUCAUCUUGGCAAGGAGAAAGGUUGUCAAACAAAGUAGCGUUUAACUUCCAUUUGCCCAUGUCUAUACAUGGAAACAAUUCUUUCACACAAGAUCGUUUCGCAAUUGUUUAUCCGUUACCCUUUGCCUACAGCUUUAUCAGACACAGCUACUAUUUAAAAUAGCUCGCAAGAGGAGCAGAGAACCGCGAACGACUCUUGAAGAAGACGCAGCGUCGUUCAUAUCCUCAAUAAAAGUACAACUCUCCAUCUCCUGCAUAGUCCUCUUAAUUUCCACCGCGAUGUCUCCUGAAAAGCUCACCGAGGAAAAUAUCCUAGAUCGUGAAGAGACAAACAUCCCGUCUACCUCUUCAUCCAUCCUUCCUGCCCCUAUCUCCUACCCUGCGACGGUGUCCUACCGAAUAGCGAACACAUGGUUGCGCCUGAUUGCCAGCGGCAUCAUCGCCAUACUACUGAUCCAUAUCCUCCACAUCCAGCUAUCUCCAAUGGAGGCGGUAGAGCCGGCCCCGCCAACUCCGCCACCAGCGGCAGAAGCCUACGUGACCUUCCUCGCGCAUUCCGAUGAUCCCAGACCAUGGUAUUUCAACGCCGUGCGCAGGCUCAUGUUUCAGCUCAAAUAUGACCCCCUUACACUCGACCCACACCCCAGAGAUUUUGUGGUAAUCACCACACCAGGUGUCCCAGAAUGGCAGCUCGAGCAGCUUCGUGAAGAGGGAGCUAUCAUUGCCUCCCGUCCUUUGAUCGACCACCUCCCUCUUCCGGAAAAGGGAAUCUCGCGCUACGCUGAAGUGUACACCAAGUUGUUCAUUUUCAACCUUACAGACUAUGAGCGCGUUCUCUUUGUUGAUGCUGACCAGUUGAUGGUGAAGCCGUUGACUGGGAUUUGGGAUGAUCCGAAUGCCUGGCCGGAGAGCGGGAUGGCUGCGUGUGGAGAGAGUAAGAGUGCCUGGGACCAUCCGACGCCGAUCGAGGAUCAAAAUUAUUUCAAUAGUGGUUUCAUGUUGGCUAGGCCGGAUGAAAAGACUUUCAACGAGUUGCUACAGGAGAAGGAUUUCGACCCAUGGUUUCCUGAACAGAACUUGUUGAAUCAUUACUUCCGGAGGGAUGGGCCCAGACCGUGGAGGCCUCUGAAUCAUAUGUUUGUCACAACCUUCCCAAGGAAAGUCGACCUCGAAGCUGGUAUCCAUGUCCUCCAUGACAAGAUGUGGUUACCCCAUAUUGACAGGGAAGUCAAAGAAGUAUGGCGACAAAAGCUUGGGCGAAUGGAAGGCUAUUGGUUGGCGAUGGGCCGUGGGCCUGAGGCUUGGAAUUCUACUUCACUUACCUAUAUGUAGUAGAUUUUGCCAUUUAUUAUAUGUAGAAUGGU